CAGCGGAGGCCAUCAAUGAGAUAGUGGAACAAACUGCUAUAGCCCUAACAACUCAAGAGGAGUUUAAUGCUCACCUCACAUCUGAUCCCAAAGGACCAGGAGCUUCAAGAUAUUCUAACUCGGAUAAAGAAUUUCCCAAGUGCUUGUCCACAUUGGCUCUGGGGGAGCAAAGUGCGCAUCCAAGUGUAUGACCCUGACUACAUGAAGCUGAUUCUGGGAAGAUCAGAUCCAAAAGCUCAUAGUUCCUAUAGAUUUCUAGCUCCCUGGAUUGGGUAUGGUUUGCUUCUGCUGAAUGGACAAACAUGGUUCCAGCACCGACGAAUGUUGACCCCAGCUUUCCACUAUGAUACUCUGAAGCCCUAUGUGGAAAUCAUGGCAGACUCUGUUCGUGUAAUGCUGGAUAAAUGGGAACAGAUUGUUGGCCAGGAUUCCACCCUGGAGAUCUUCCAACACAUCACCUUGAUGACCUUGGACACCAUCAUGAAGUGUGCCUUCAGCCACGAGGGCAGUGUCCAGUUGGACAGAAAAUACAAGACCUACAUCCAGGCAGUUGAGGACCUGAACAAUCUCUUUUUUCUCCGUAUGAGGAACAUCUUUCACCAGAAUGACAUCAUCUACAGUGUGUCCUCUAAUGGCUGCCAGGCCAACAGUGCCUGCCAAAUUGCCCACGAUCACACAGAUCAAGUGAUCAAAUCAAGGAGGGCUCAACUUCAGGAUGAGGGAGAGCUGGAAAAAGUUAAGAAGAAAAGACGAUUGGAUUUCCUGGACAUCCUCCUGUUUGCCAGAAUCGAGAAUGGAAGUAGCUUAUCUGAUAAGGAUCUGCGUGCUGAAGUGGAUACUUUCAUGUUCGAGGGCCAUGACACCACAGCCAGUGGUAUCUCCUGGAUUUUCUAUGCUCUGGCCACACACCCUGACCACCAACAGAGAUGCAGGAAGGAGAUCCAAAGUCUCCUAGGAGAUGGAGCUUCUAUCACCUGGGACGACCUGGACAAGAUGCCCUAUACCACCAUGUGCAUCAAGGAGGCCCUGAGGAUCUACCCACCUGUACCAAGUGUGAGCAGAGAGCUCAGUUCACCUGUCACCUUUCCAGAUGGGCGCUCUUUACCCAAAGGUAUUCCAGUCAUGCUUUCCUUUUAUGGCCUUCAUCACAACCCAACUGUGUGGCCAAAUCCAGAGGUGUUUGAUCCUUCUCGAUUUGCACCAGAGUCUUCCCGACAUAGCCACUCAUUCCUGCCCUUCUCAGGAGGAGCAAGGAACUGCAUUGGGAAACAGUUUGCCAUGAAUGAGCUGAAGGUGGCUGUGGCCCUGACCCUGCUCCGCUUCCAGCUGCUGCCAGAUCCCACCAGGAUCCCAGUCCCCAUACCAAGACUUGUGCUGAAGUCCAAGAAUGGGAUCCACUUGCAUCUCAAAAACCUGGCAACAAGGAUCCCACAUGUUCCAGGAGGCCUCACCCAUGUGACAUUUGAUAACUACAUUCAUACAACUGUAAGGUUCCUAUGGCAUUUUAUUAUGGAUAUCUAUGAGCUCACCCAUAUCACAAAUGUUUUUGGUAUCUCUGGACUCCUCCAAGUGGUCUCUUUGCUUGGCCUGCUGCUGCUGCUGUUCAAAUCAGCCCAAUAUUACCUUCACAGACAAUGGCUCAUCAAGUCCCUCCAGCAGUUCCCAUCCUUACCUUCCCACUGGCUUUUUGGAAACACCCUCAAGGACCAGGACCUCCAGCAGACACUUUUAUGGGUAGAAAAAUUCCCAACCACCUAUGUAAUGUGGCUCUGGGGGAACCGUGCACGUGUCGUGAUCAAUGACCCUGACUACAUGAAGACGAUACUGGGGCGAUCAGAUCCAAAAGUUAUGCAGACCUACAGUUCUUUUGCUCCUUGGAUUGGAUAUGGUUUGCUCCUGUUGAAUGGGAAGAAGUGGUUCCAGCAUCGGCGAAUGUUAACUCCAGCCUUCCACUUGGACAUCCUUAAGCCUUAUGUGGGAAUCAUGGUGGACUCUGUCCGUGUGAUGCUAGACAAAUGGGAACAGCUUGUGGGCCAGGAUUGCCCUAUGGAGAUCUAUCAAGACAUCUCCUUGAUGACCAUGGAAACAAUCAUGAAGUGUGCCUUCAGUUACCAGGGUAGUGUCCAGUUGGAGGAAAAUUCCAAAGCCUACAUUAAGGCUGUUGAAGAUCUGACACACCUGGUUUACUUGAGAGCGAGGAAUGGCUUUCACCAGAGUAAUACCAUCUACAGUUUGUCCUCCAAUGGCCGCGCAUUCCACUGUGCCUGUCAGAUUGCUCAUAAACACACAGAAAAAGUGAUCCGUAUGAGAAAGGCUCAGCUGCAGAAUGAGGCAGAGGUAGAGAAGGUCAGGAAGAAGAGGCACUUGGAUUUCUUGGACAUCCUCUUGUUUGCCCAAACAGAGGAUGGAAAGAGCUUGUCUGACGAGGACCUGAGUGCAGAGGUGGACACAUUCAUGUUUGAGGGUCAUGACACCACAGCCAGUGGAAUCUCCUGGAUCUUCUAUGCUCUGGCCACCCACCCUGAGCACCAACAGAGAUGUAGAGAGGAAGUGCAGAACAUCCUGGGUAAUGGAACCUCUGUUACCUGGGACCACCUGGACAAGCUGCCCUACACUACAAUGUGCAUCAAGGAGGCCCUGAGGCUCUAUCCACCAGUACCACUUGUGAGCAGAGAGCUCAACUCACCUGUCACCUUCCCAGAUGGGCGCUCCUUACCCAAAGGACUUUGUGUUUCUCUUUCCUUUUAUGGCCUUCACCAUAACCCAAGACUGUGGCCAAACCCAGAGGUGUUUGACCCUUCUAGGUUUGCACCAGACAACCCCCGGCACACCCAUGCCUUCCUACCCUUCUCAGCAGGAGCAAGAAACUGUAUCGGGAAACAGUUCGCCAUGAAUGAACUGAAGGUGGCUGUGGCCCUGACCCUGCUCCGAUUUGAGAUGCUGCCAGAUCCUACCAGGGUCCCAGUCCUUGUGUCAAGAGUUGUGCUAAAAUCCAAGAAUGGGAUCUAUCUGCACCUCAAGAAGCUAAAAUAA